GUGUUGCUGUUGGAGCAGCGUAUGAAUCGGCCCCUGUAGCUUUUCCUUGCUUAUUCUCGUGGGGUGAGGAGGAGAUUAGUGAGAGAGAAAAGCAAGAGAAGGAACUUGGUGGUUAUGGCUCGGGGGAGGUAGUCUGCAAGGAGAGAGGACUUGGGAUGGGGUCAUUUGGAUACAAAGCCCAAACUGAUUGUAUGCCAUUGAGAGCAGUGGAACAAGUACAAGAGCUUUCUCAUGCACAGGACAUGGAAGAUCAAGAAGAUGAGGAUACCUUCAUAGAACAGGAACAUGCGUGCACACAUAUCAUCCAACGGAAUGACGUCUGUGCGGAGGUUAAUGUAGUUGCUGAUUCAGGCCCAGUACCUUGUGGAAACAUGAACUAUGGAUGCACAGAAACUGUUGACUACACAAAUAAAAGAGAUCAUGAGGAGGCCUGCCCCUAUGCACCAUGCCCGUGCCCUCUCCAGAACUGCAAUGUUGUUGAUUCCCCCAAUCUACUCUCAAUACAUUUCACCAGUAAGCACUGGGAUUCUGGGAGACGCUUCAAGUAUGAUUGCCCAUUGCGUGUCUCGUUGAGCAAGAAAGAAACUUUCCUUGUUUUACAAGCAGCAAAAGAUGGGGUCCUCUUUCUUCUUACCAAGGGAACACAAAGUAUAGGGCAUACGAUUGUGAUUACUUGUAUUGGUCCAAGCUCAUCAAAGGAAUGCUUCUUGUAUGAUGUUGUAUCAGAAAGAGGAAGCAGCUCUCUGAGAUUGAAAUCAUUCGCUUGUAGUCUUCCAGGUAGGAUUGAAGGUUUACCUCCAAUGGAUUUCCUUCUGAUCCCUUUUGCUCAUCUGGGCUCAUCUGGGCAGCUAGAUUUAGAAGUUUGUAUAUGGAGCUCGACAGAGCCUGGAUCAGAGUGAGCUCGUUAGAUGUAAUAUAGCAGCUUUAUUUGUAUAAUUGUAUUUGUCAGAAUGUAAGAAAAUGUGAUUAGCCAGCAAUUCAGCAUGUUUGGGAAUACAGCUCUCAAUAGAGACUUACUGCUCAGGGCAAGAGCGUGUUUAUUUAUAACCGGAAGAAAGGAUAAGCUGCAGGAAAAUUGUAGAUCAUAUUUUGUCCAUAUAGUAGCUGCUAUGGUGCUUAUGCUUUCCUGAGCCGAGGGUCUUUGGAAACCUCUCUAUUCUCACAAGGUAGGGGUAAGGUCUGCGUACACAGUGUAGGAUAAUACUGAGUAUGUUGUUGUAUAGUAGCUGCUACGGAGGGGGCAACCUUGUUAGUGUACUGCAACUUGGGAGUAGGGAGUUCUAAUUUGUAAUUGAGUGUCUUGGCCUUUGGUGUUUGUCUCUAAUCUCAAAGCAAGGCGUUGCAAAAAACAAUUGGAUGUUUUCCUGUA